AUGUCAACUUUCACUUUUUUUAAGAAGGAAAGGGAACUGCAGUCCAAAAUUGAGGAACUAGAAGACAAGGUGGAGGAGUUCAGUAAGAACAUUGCACUGCAAAAGCGAGGAAGUUCAAGAGGAGAUUUCGGCGGUGCUGAUAGAGUGUUGAACCAACUACUAACAGAGAUGGAUGGAAUGUCUGAUAAGAAAAUAGUGUUCAUCAUUGGAGCAACAAACAGACCUGACAUUAUAGACCCUACAUUGCUUCGGCCAGGACGUCUUGACCAAUUGAUAUACAUUCCUUUACCAGAUGAGAGUUCACGUCUCCAGAUCUUUAAGGCAUGCUUGAGGAAGUCACCAAUCUCAAAAGACGUCGAUAUUUUGGCUCUUGCUCGUUAUACACAUGGAUUUAGUAGUGCAGAUAUUACUGAGAUAUCAUCACGAGCUUUCAAUCUGGUAAAGACAGUUCCGGCUAGAAACGGAAGCGAUCGGAGGAGUGGGUCGCGGUGGGGAGGCGGAGAGAGCUUGACGGUGAAAGAGGUCUGUAUGUGUAAUUGUUGGAGGUGGGUAGGUUAA